AUGGAAGUGCCCACCCUCUCCAAAACGCUUAAGUCUCCUGAUCUCAAUGAAGAGUCUUUGGACCCUAGGAUUAUCAUUGCCUUAUUUGAAAUUGGAUCACUUCCUCCUGUUUCUUGCAGUUCUCUCCCUUCCCUAAAAAAUAGUGACCAUGAAGCAACUGAACAACGAAUUGCAAAGAAGUUUGAAAACCUCUUAAAAGAAAUUAAAGAUAUUGUUAAACAUAUGACAAGUUAUGAAGAGAAGGUCAUAGAAACAAAAGAAUCUUUUGAGGAAACCAAUAUCUCUGAGGAUGUGUCAGAACUUAAAGAAAAAAUCAGAGAACUUGAUAAAAUAAAUAAAGUACUAUUGGAAAAGCUGCUUGCUAGUUGGGACUUAGGGAAAGAACAGAACUCAAAGAAACAGGAGAUGAUGUUGGAAAACCAGAACUCCAAGGACACCAUGCAAGGUUGUGCAAGGGAUUUGGUAAAUUGUUCAGAAGAAAAAAGAGCCCUUCAUGAAACUCAACUAAGUAAGGAAAAAGCAAAGCACAGAUUCCCUCUUGUUCAAGAAGAAAAUAUCAAACUGAGGGACAACAUGGAGCAAUUACUACAGGAAGCAAAACACUGGAGUGUGCAACAUACUGAGCUCAGUGAACUAAUAAAAUCCUAUCAGAAAUCUCAGACAGACAUCAAAACUCUUGAAAAUAAUGGCGCCCAUUCCCCAACUCAAAUGAAUAAUGGGAUGUCCGCUAAGCAUGAGCUGGAAGAACAAGUGAGGAAACUGAAACAAGACACAUAUUCACUGCAUUUGAUUGCAGCUUUGCUGGAGAAUGAAUGCCAAAUCUUAGAGCAGAGAGUAGAGCUUCUCAAGGAACUCCAUCAUCAGAAAGAGGGACCUCUACAAGGGGAGCCAAUUCAGGUAAACUAUGAGCAGAACAAGAAAGAACAGAAGCUAUCAGAGGCAGAGAAGGUCAAAAUACAUAAGCAAAACAUGCAAGAAAUGUUUCAAAAAGGAGACCAAUUCUAUAGAAGCCUGGAUGUUUGUCAUAAAAAGAAAGCUCGUAAUAAUUUGUUCAAUACUCAUAUUGCAAGAAGAGCUCUUGUAGGAAAAAAGAGGCCAGCAAGCAGCCUAAGUUAG